AUGUCCUACACCUGCUCUCUGCCCAACCUGAGCUGCCGCACCAGCUUCUGCUCCCGGCCCUGCAUACCUCCCAGCUGCCACAGCUGCACCCUGCCCGGGGCCUGCAACAUCCCCGCCAACGUGGGCAACUGCGGCUGGUUCUUCCUUGCUGAUUCUGGAAUGCUUUGGGUCUUCCAGAUCCUGUGCAGCAAGGCUGAGAACACCAGGCUGGUGGUGCAGAUCGACAACGCCAAGCUGGCUGCAGAUGACUUCAGGACCAAGUAUGAGAUGGAGCUGUCCCUGCGGCAGCUGGUGGAGGCCGACAUCAACAGCCUGCGCAGGAUCCUGGAUGAGCUGACCCUGUGCAAGUCCGACCUGGAGGCGCAGGUGGAGUCCCUGAAGGAGGAGCUGCUGUGUCUCAAGCAGAACCACGAGCAGGUAAGAGAGCUUCAGCUAAACUCUCUGGAGAACACACUGACGGAGACAGAGGCCCGCUACAGCGCCCAGCUGUCCCAGGUGCAGUGCCUGAUCACGAAUGUUGAAGACCAGCUGGCCGAGAUCCGGGCCGACCUGGAGCGUCAGAACCAGGAGUACCAGGUGCUGCUGGACGUGCGGGCCCGGCUGGAGUGCGAGAUCAACACGUACCGCGGCCUGCUGGAGAGCGAGGACUGCAAACUGCCCUGCAACCCCUGCGCGACCACCAACGCCUGUGACAAGCCCAUUGGGCCCUGCGUCACCAACCCCUGCACCCGCUCCUGCUUUGGGUGCUAG